AUGAAGGGCAGCAGCAGGUGCAGGCCAGGACAGCAAACCUUCAUGGAGCAGGUACGCGAGUGCCGGGACAAGGGUUACUUGCUGUCCUCCAAGAAGAUUGGCUCUGGUGCCUUCUCCAAGGUCUACCUGGCCUACGCCACGCAGGAGCGGAUGCGGCACAACCCCAAGCUGUCCUCUGACUUACAGGGCAAGCGCCAUGCCAUGGUAGCUAUCAAGAUUGUGUCCAUGGCCGAGGCCCCUGUGGAGUUCUCCCAAAAGUUCCUGCCCCGUGAGAUCUCAUCCCUCAACGCCACCUACAAGCACCUGAACGUGGUGCAGCUGUAUGAGACCUAUCAGAACAGCCAGCGCUCCUACCUGGUGCUGGAGUUGGCAGCCCGUGGGGACCUGCUGGAAUACAUUAACACAGUGUCGGAGCUGCGCGGCCGCCCGGGCCUGGAGGAGGUGGAGGCCCGCAGGCUGUUCUGGCAGCUGGUCAGUGCCGUGGCACACUGCCACAGUGCAGGCAUCGUGCACCGGGACCUAAAGUGUGAGAACAUCUUGCUGGAUGACCGAGGCCUCCUCAAGCUGACUGAUUUUGGCUUCGCCAACCACUCAGGAUGCAAGAAUGCCCUGCUGAGCACCUUCUGUGGUUCAGUGGCCUACACGGCGCCCGAGAUCCUCAUGAGUAGGAAGUACAGUGGACAACAGGCUGACCUGUGGAGUUUAGGUGUCAUUCUCUACGCCAUGGUGACCGGGAAGCUGCCCUUCAAGGAGCGCCAGCCCCACCGCAUGCUGCACCGGAUGCGCCGUGGUCCUACCUUCCGACCUGGCCUGUCCCCAGAGUGCCAGGACCUGAUCCACAGCCUGCUCCAGCUGUGCCCACACGCCCGCCUCGACUUGCAGCAGGUGGCCACACACCCUUGGAUGUUGCCAGCCACACACACUCUCUUCCACAAUGUUUUGGGCGGCGUCACGCCAGAGAAGACGAUGGACUCCAAGUUCCCAGCAGCCCGUGAGCUUGGCAUGGACUUGGGGCCCUCAGGGCCACUCCUACAGCUCCAGCGUCCCCAGCGGCCAGCCACCAGACCAACAUCUGUCUUUGGGGUACCCAAGCUUUCAGAGGCCCACCUGAGAAGAGGAACAGCCUCCGCAGAGUUGGAACUUUGUGGCUCACACUUUGAGACUGCGGACCUGCAGUAG